AUGUUUUCCGAGUUCCUUUUGAACAAUGGACGAUGUAGGAGAAUAUUUGAAUUUGUUGUUUAAAUUUAAUGUUUUAGCCGCUCGCGUGGAAUAUGAGCUCUCUAGAAUCAGUGAUAAGCACAGAGAAGUCUACAAAGACACCUUCAAGCUGAUUGGCAGAUCUAAAGUGCGAAACGGCACUAAUAUCUUACUACGGUAAGUAUUUUUAUCACUUCAUAAUGGGUUAAUAAGAGAACAAAAAAGGCCUCCAGCCAUUUUUAUGUAAAUAGACCUCGAAUAAAGGCCAAAGUGCAUUUCCGCCAACCGGAGUAUAAUCAGAUGAGACCUGCUAAAAUGGAAGUAGCUAUCGGAUUAAGAAAAACUUCUUUCCGGACCUAUAUCCUAAUGCUGACAACACAUACGUUGCUUUCUUGCUCUAAACUAAAAAGUUCAUCAACGGUCAUCGUGUCUAGACACGAGACUAUAAAACGACAAAAACUGUAGCAACUACAUGUGAGACUUCUUGAUUUCAGGUUAUUUUCUGAGACCCCACAAUAUAAGGACAUUUGGCCACAGUUCAGACCGAUACCCGACAGUUCCCUGAUGAAUUCAGAAGUCCUUCGAAAACAUGCCCACACUUACAUGGGAGGACUGAAAAGGAUAAUCGAUUCUCAUGAUCAAGACAAACUGGAGGCAGAAUUGAAGAGGAUAGCGCAAUCACAUGUAAAAUGGGGGAUCUACAAAGCUCAUCUCAUGGUAAGUUGUUUGAAUCAACGCGUCUUUAUACCAAUACUCUUUCAGGACAUGUUACCCUGUCUUCUCGCUGUUCUGUCUCAAUACACCGACUUAAACGACGACAUCAAAGACGCCUGGGCCACACUUUUCGACGUCAUCGCGAACAUGAUAGACAUUUUCCGGGAUUAA